AUGGAUCGAGCUAUAGCGCGCGCUGUGACCGAGAAGCAGCCGGUCCCGGAGAUCGAUUUCACAUUGCACACGAUGGAGGACAACACGCAGGUGUCGACAAUGGAGAGGGUGGUCAAAGAGGUCCAAGCUCCCGCCCUCAGCUAUCCUCCGGAUGAUAUGUUUUGGUCGCCUGAGGAUCCCUCCAAGCCCAAUCUCCAGUACCUCAAGCAACACCUUUAUCGCGAAGGUCGUCUCUCAGAAGAACAGGCACUAUGGAUUAUCCAUGCCGGUACACAGGUUUUGAAGGCCGAGCCAAAUUUGCUCGAAAUGGACGCGCCUAUUACGGUGUGUGGCGAUGUUCACGGCCAGUACUACGAUUUGAUGAAGCUAUUUGAGGUCGGCGGUGACCCUUCGGAGACGAGGUAUCUGUUUUUGGGCGACUAUGUUGACCGUGGUUAUUUCAGUAUUGAGUGCGUCCUCUAUCUCUGGGCGUUGAAGAUAUGGUAUCCCGAUUCACUCUGGUUGUUGCGGGGUAAUCACGAAUGUCGCCACUUGACGGACUACUUCACCUUUAAGUUGGAAUGCAAGCACAAAUAUAGUGAACGGCUCUAUGAGGCAUGCCUGGAAUCCUUCUGUGCGCUGCCGCUGGCGGCGGUUAUGAACAAGCAGUUCCUCUGCAUUCACGGUGGUCUCAGCCCCGAGUUGCAUACCCUCGAAGACAUCAAGGCUAUUGAUCGCUUCCGCGAACCCCCCACCCACGGACUUAUGUGCGAUAUCCUUUGGGCCGAUCCUCUGGAAGAAUUUGGUCAAGAAAAGACAGGCGAUUUCUUCAUUCAUAACAGUGUCCGUGGUUGCUCCUACUUUUUCUCUUAUCCUGCAGCAUGCGCGUUUUUGGAGAAGAACAAUUUGCUCUCUAUCAUCAGGGCACAUGAGGCCCAGGAUGCCGGAUAUCGUAUGUACAGAAAGACACGGACCACCGGCUUCCCUAGUGUUAUGACUAUUUUCAGUGCGCCCAACUACCUGGAUGUUUACAACAACAAGGCGGCUGUCCUCAAAUAUGAGAACAAUGUGAUGAACAUUCGCCAAUUCAACUGCACCCCACACCCAUAUUGGCUGCCCAACUUCAUGGAUGUUUUCACUUGGUCUUUGCCCUUCGUUGGCGAGAAGAUCACGGAUAUGCUCAUUGCCAUUCUCAACACCUGCUCGAAGGAAGAGUUGGAGGACGAGGGCCCCACACCUGUGUCUCCCAUUGAAGAGAAGGAUAAGGAUAAGGAUCUAAUCUCACCCCCGUCAAUGGACCCCGAAUCCAGCGAGUUCAAGAGACGUGCUAUCAAAAACAAAAUUCUUGCCAUUGGCCGCCUCUCUCGUGUCUUCCAGGUUCUCCGCGAGCAGUCCGAGAGUGUCACUGAGCUGAAGACGGCGGCUGGCGGUCGUCUUCCUGCUGGAACGCUCAUGCUGGGUGCGGAAGGUAUCAAGCAGGCUAUUCACAACUUCGAGGAUGCCCGGAAGGUUGAUAUUCAGAACGAGCACGUGCCUCCUAGCCAAGAAGAGGUUCUCGCAAAGAGCGAGGAGAGCCGCCGUGUGGCCCUGGAGCGGGCUGAGCAUGAGGCUGCUAACGAUGCUGGGCUCGCUACAGUUGCGCGACGGAUCAGCAUGUCUGCUGGCUCAGGUCGCCCCCGUUCUCGACAGAGGGAUCCUCCCAAGGAUGCCUGA